GGUAAGAACCUAAAAGAAACCGACGUGGAUUCUUCACUAUAAAUACAACCCUCACUACCAUCACUCUCUCCACUCACAAAACAAAAACCCUUUUUCUCCAUUCCCAAUUCUCACUCUCUCGAUUCCACUAGGGAUUCGAGAGAACCAGAGAAUCAAAACAGUGUUUGUUCUUGUCUUUGUUUUUGUUUUUGUUUUUGUUUUUGCUCUGUUUUGCAGAAAUGGCUGGUGAAGGAAGAGCAAGAGCAGCAGCGAAGAAGAGAGGCUCCACAGAGGGAGAAGAGGAGACGACAAAGUACAAAGGAAUCAGGAUGAGGAAGUGGGGCAAGUGGGUCGCUGAGAUUCGUGAACCCAACCCCAAGCGUUCUCGAAUUUGGCUCGGUUCCUACAACACCCCCAUCGCGGCGGCGCGUGCUUAUGACACCGCUGUUUACUGCCUCCGUGGCCCAUCUGCUCGCCUCAAUUUCCCGGAGCUGGCCGGGGAAUUCGCCGCCGCUGCUGCCGCCGCCACCGACAUGUCGGCGGAGUCCAUCAAGAAAGUAGCCGCAGAAGUGGGUGCCAGGGUUGACGCCCUCCAGCUGCCUCACCAGCCCGCUCCCGCUCCCGCUCCCGCCGCCGCCGCCGCCGACCGGGAGGUGGUAGACCUUAACCAGAUGCCUGAAGCUAACAACAAUUAGGAUUCUGCUAACAUGCGCCCGGUUCCUUUUAAUUAUGUCGUGUCAUUCUGAGGAUUAUUGGAUUAGUACACCUUUUAAAUGUAAAUUACUUUCAGCAACUUUUUAUUUUGUCUGGAUUUAAAAUGUCUGGUCUUUCUUAGAGAAUUUAGGUUGAAACUUUUGGAAUGAAAAUGAAAACUUUUUAGAA